GAAAGCAACGCCAUCGAAGCGAUAUGCAAGUUGGGCAAGUUUACAAACUAAAAGUGACCACGAAAUCUACCAGACAUGAUUACCUCACAUGGUGUCGAAUUUCUACAGAUGAGUUAUUAGUAGCUGACCGAAUAAACAAAAGAGGUAUCAAAUUCGACAGCCAGUUCAAAUUAGUAUCGUGUCUACGUCUCAAUGAUUUGCCAUUCAAUAUCUGUUACAUACAUGAUAGGGAACUUGCAGCACUUCUUCUUGAUACAGAAAUAGUCUUCCUAGACGUAAAGGAUGGCAUGAAAAUCAUGUUUUCAGUAGAAAAAAACCACAACUGCGUAGGAAUGCACUAUCAUGCUGAUCAGUUGUAUAUGAUUGACUCUAACACUGUCUAUGUUUACGAUCUGGAAGGUAAUAUGCAACGUGUUUUGUACACCAACAAAGCUGAAAACAAUGCUUUUAGGAAUCUUACACUUGGCAAAGACAAUCAACUUAUCUACAUUACUUGCCUCUAUAACGGCCUUAUUACAAUUGACAUGUCUGGAAACCUCAUCGGAACAUAUAAAGAUUCUGACUAUUGGAGUGCAUGGGGAGUGAGUGUUGAUGAGGCUGGAAAUGUCCUAGUAUGCGGCUAUACUUCGCAAAUUAUUGUUCGGUUAUGUUCGGAUGGCCAGAGAAAGGUUAAUGAUAUAGAUAACAAAUCAGAGGAAGAAGUAACAGUGACAACGUUGUUCUUUGACAAACAGACAGGUUUGCUACUAGCUUCAGGAUCGUCAGGGAGCAUUAAUGUUUUAAAGUUGUAGUAUGGUAUCCGCCAUAUUGGAAUCAUACAUGUCGGCUUAGAAAUAUAACUUUGUCUUAUUUCUCUUAUGAACAGUUAUAAGAUAUAUAGUUUAAAAUGAAGCCAAUGUUUUAUUUUGUAUUUUACUUUGCAGUGUCAGUUUUGAUAGACCAAUAAAUCAAUGCUUUCCACCAACAGUUCUUCCUCAUU